GUGACCCGCGGCCCGGGCCCAACAUGGCGGCCUCCACGGGUCGCUGGCUUCUCCUCCUGCUCGUGCUGCCCGGGCUGCCAGGGGGUGCGUCCGACGGCCUCGGCUCGGGGCCCUCCCGCGACGACGACCUGCUGCUGCCCUACCCGCGCGCGCGCACGCGCUCCCCCCGGGACUGCGCGCGGGAGCGCUCCGGCCGCGGUGAUCACGAGAGCUGGCCCCCGCCCGCCGCGACCCCCGCCGCCGCAGGCCCGGCCGUGCGCAGCUUCGUGUCACACUUCGCGGGGCGCGCGGUCUCCGGCCACCUGACGCGGGUCCCCGCGCCCCUGCGCGCCUUCUCGGUGCUGGAGCCCGGCGGGCCCGGCGGCUGCGCGGCGAGGCGCCGCGCCACCGUGGAGCAGACGGCGCGGGCGGCCGGCUGCCGCGCGGCGCAGAACGGCGGCUUCUUCCGCAUGAGCACCGGCGAGUGCCUGGGGAACGCGGUGAGCGACGGGCGGCGGGUGAGCAGCUCCCAGGGUCUGCAGAACGCGCAGUUCGGGAUCCGCCGCGACGGGACCCUGGUCACCGGGUACCUGACUGAGGAGGAGGUGCAGGACCCGGAGAAUCCGUUUGUACAGCUGGUGUCCGGGGUCGUGUGGCUGAUCCGCAACGGGAGCAUCUACAUCAACGAGAGCCAGGCCGCGGAGUGCGAUGGGACCCAGGAGACAGGUUCCUUCAGCAAAUUUGUGAACGUGAUGUCCGCCAGGACAGCCCUGGGCCAUGACCGGCAGGGGCAGCUGGUGCUGUUCCACGCGGAUGGCCAGACGGAGCAGCGCGGAGUCAACCUGUGGGACGUGGCGGAGUUCCUGCUGAAACAGGACGUGGUCAACGCCAUCAACCUGGAUGGAGGCGGCUCUGCCACGUUUGUGCUCGACGGGGCCUUGGCCAAUUACCCGUCAGAUCACUGCCAGGACAGCAUGUGGCGCUGUCCCCGCCACGUGUCGACUGUGGUGUGUGUGCACGAGCCCCGCUGCCAGCCGCCGGACUGCAGCGGCCACGGGACCUGUGUGGAUGGGCGCUGCCAGUGCACGGGCCUCUUCUGGCGGGGCCCCGCCUGCAGCCAGCUGGACUGCGGCCCCUCCAACUGUAGCCAGCACGGGCUCUGCACCGAGACUGGCUGCCGCUGCGAUGCUGGCUGGACUGGGUCCAACUGCAGUGAAGAGUGUCCCCUUGGCUGGUACGGGCCCGGCUGCCAGAGGCCUUGCCGGUGUGAGCACCAGUGUCCCUGCGACCCGCAGACUGGCAACUGCAGCGUCUCCCCAGGGAAGCAGUGUCUGUGGCCGGCCGAGGCCACCCUGCGGGCAGAACUCUCCUUUUUCACCGGGACCACCUGGCUGGCCCUGACCCUGGCCCUGGCCUUCCUGCUGCUGGUCAGUGCCGCGGCCAACGUGUCCUUCCUCCUGGGCUCGAGGGCGGAGAGGAACCGGCAUCUGGACGGGGACUACGUGUACCACCCACUGCAGGAGAUGAACGGGGAGCUCCUGGCUGCCGAGAAGGAGCCGCCUGGGGAUGCCCACGGCCCCUUCAAGGACUGAGCCUGGCCAACCUCGCUGAUGGCCUGUCCACAGGGCUCGCGCCCACGCAGCCCAGCGUCUUCAGGGGAGGCUCCAGGGCCACUGCCGUGCGCCAUCUGGGUGGCCUUGGCCCCAGCAGCACCUGCGCCUCAGCCCCUGCCUGGCCCCGGCCCCUCGCCGCCCACUUGCUGGGCUACUUGCAGCCCUGGCGAUGCCGCGCCCCAGAGGGAGCCUCUGCCUGCUUCCUUGCCUGCCUGUGUUUGCCGCCAGGCGUCUGCCGUGCCGAGAGAUGGAAACCGUGAGGGAAUCAUGACAGAAGGCUGGAUCCCAGCCGGCCCCUGGACAAGGAAAGGGCCCAGGCUGUGCGUCCCAGGAGCCUCCCCUCCCCAGCUAAUCGCUGCAGCCAGUUCCUGCUUCCUGUCCCAGGAAGCGUCUGUGGAGAAGGGACGGGUCAGGGGACGAAGUGACCAUGUUUACAGAUCUUCUAUUUUGCUGUCCUGCUGCCGAGAGAUGUUUUCUAUCACUUGAGUAAAUGGGCAUAAGAAGCGGA